AUGCGUGUAUCUUCUGAAGCAAAUAAAGGUGAAGGUUCAAAGGAUGAAAGUAAUAUCAAAAACAAUUGGGGAAGAACAAUUCUUUCUGAGGCAACGUCCAAAGGGCCAGUAUUAUUUUCUGGUACAGAUUGGGCUGUAGUACCUAUGGAAUCCCUUUCUCCAGAAAGAAGAGCAAUAAUCCACCCAAUAAGCCAAAGGCUUGCUGGUGCGGAGAAUACUGCACUUGUUGAUGGUUUGUUUGGAAGGAUUUGGGAAUUUCCAAAGUGUGAAAAUGUUCGAGAACGAAAAGUAACUAGAGGUGACCAAUUUGUUGGAGAUUCUAGGAUUGAUUUUCAAUGGAAUAAAACUGAGAGAACUUUGUGUAGAGUGUGUGGCAAACAUAUAUUAAAACAAAAAUUUGCUACAGAGCACUACCAAAGAUCUCCAACAUGUUGGAGGCUUGUAAUGAGACAUAUUGGUAUUCUGGAUUUCGACAACCAAAACGGAAAUGCUACGCAUUUUCCAUACAAGACGGAAGAAGGUGGGUUCAAUUCUCCUCAGAAAUCUAUGCUAGAGAAAAGGACAGGCCCCAUUUUUUCUAGAAACAUGAACGGAGAAAAGAACGAAAGUGCUUAUCUGCCAAGUUCUAACCAUGAAACUGAAAGCCAAAAUUCUGUAUUCAUUGAUAGCUUUGCUCAGAAUAACUUUAACUCAAGUAAUAUGAUUCCAACUUCCAAUGUCGAAUAUAUCCUCCAGAAUAAAAUAAUGAACUUAUUCAGAGCUGCAACCAAACAUGUUUAUGAAGAACUCAUACAGUUUAAAGGUUCCAAUACUCAAAUCAAUAUCCAUCCAUUAUUUAACACUUCUAACUCAAGAGAUGGAUCGAAAUUUGACUCUUCCAUAGUAGAAAAUGUCAUGAGUGAACCAAAAGGAGAAGAAUCCACAAACACUAUCGGCAAUCCUGAAGAACCUUUUUUGCUCAUAUCCUCAGUUCUCCCAAAUGUAUUUCCCUCCAUUAGCCACAGGCCACUCCCAGUAAAUGUUUGUUAUAUCAAACUUACCUUCAACUGGCCAGGAGCUAGGCUUGUUAGGGAUUUAUGGGCGCUUGACUGUGAACUACUUGUUGAUUGGGGAGAUGGAGUUCUAACCCAAGCAAGAAGAUUCACUCUCAAAGAACUUGGAGAGCCUCCCGAAUCAGAUAAUGAAAUGAGAAAUAUAUACUCGCAGGGAUUUGCCUAUCUCAAAUGCUUCGUUCCUCACAAACCUCCAGGCAGAGCUGAUUUGAAGAUUCGCAUUCCAAAAUCUCUUUGGGAAUACUGGGAAGCUUUUGCAAAUGAUAAAAAUAACACAGUAACCUUCCACACUCCAGAAGUGUUUGCCUCCGAGAUUUCCCAGAACUUCCCAAUUGAGACUAAUUCUGACAUGAUUUUACCCACCAUUAACACAAAUUGGGGUAAUAAAUCUCGCAGGGAUGAGACUAAAAGCCAAAGGUCACACCCUUAUUCUCCUUCCAUAACUCAUAUAACUUCACCACCCCAAUCCCCCUCCACAAAGUCCAUUGGAAACAAUGCCAAUACUAACCCUCCAAAAUCACCUUCUAUCUAA